AUGAAAAAUAAUAACUCCGUUACAAAAGCCUACAUUGUCAUCUUCACAUGUGCUACAACUCGAGCUAUCCACUUAGAAUUAGUUUCCGAUCUGCGUACUGACGUCUUCCUACUUGCAUUACAACGUUUUGUCUCUAGACGUUCACUUCCUCAUACAGUGUACACUGAUAAUGCCAUAACUUUCUGCGCUGCGGACAAAGAGCUGAAGUUAUUGUGGGAUACUAUAUCCUCUGCCAAGGCACAACAGUUUUAUGCCCACCACAACAUCAAAUGGAAAUUCAUCGCCCCCCGAGCGGCUUGGUGGGGAGGAUGGUGGGAAAGAAUGAUUGGCUCAAUUAAGCGAUGCCUUCGGAAAACAUUAGGUAAGGCUCUUUUGGAUGACGCUCGUUUGAUCACUGUAUUAUGUGAUAUUGAAGCCGCUCUUAACAGUAGACCGAUUGUCCACGAAUAUGGAAUAAAAGAUGACUCUGAGGAAGCUUUAACACCCUCGCACUUCCUCAUAGGAAAGAAAUUAACCAUUAUUCCUUCCAGCCCCACAAAUCCUGAAACAAAUUUAAAUCAUAUGUGGAAAAAUCGUCAACAUUUGAUGGACUCUUUUGGAAAAGAUGGCAAAAGGAAUAUUUGA